AUGUCUUCGUAUAAAGCAAAAUCGAAAGUUUUAGAUGACAGUGAGGAUGACGAUCCUUCUAAUGAGUCAUUCGUUGCUUAUGGAACUGAGCUUCCUGAUGUGACCACUUUGGGUGAAAAAGAUAAAGGAAAAUUUCAACCUGUUUGGAAACAAGAA